AAAAAAAACCUAAAACCGUAGAAAGCAUCUGAAGAAGCAGAGGAGAGAAAAGCAAAACGCACGCUGCACGCCGAAAAUCAGAGAUUCAGACCUUGGCUUUGCUUGGCUUGGCAGAUUGAAAGCAUGAAGAACCAGAGGAGAGAAACGGAAGAGGAAGAGCACUCUGACAUUAUCAGCAGUCUACCAGACUGUAUGCUCGCCCAUAUCCUCUCUUUUCUCCCAACCAAACACGCCAUUCUCACAAGCAUUUUGUCGAGCAGGUGGAGGGUUCUCUGGACUCUCGUCCCUGUUCUUCACUUGGACAAGCCCACACUUUAUAGUAUCAGAACUUCGAUCUUGGAUGAUAUUUUAUUGCCCAGAAACCCCUCCACCCUUUGCAAGCUGCGCAUCGAUUGUCCUCGUCGAUCCUUCGUUGACAAAUGUGUCCAAGCCGCCAUCCUGCGUGGCGUGCAAGAGCUCGACCUUGUUUUCGACCUUGAUAAUCAAACUAAGGAGUUUCCCGCUAGUGUCUUCUUCUGUACAACAUUAGUGGUUUUGAAAUUGAGGGGCCACUUUCUUCUCAAUCCUCCUGAUUCUGCUUCUUCCUCUUCUUCAAUGUUCCCAAGUCUCAAGACUCUACAAAUUUCACAUGUUUACUAUGCGAACCACAACUCUCUCUCCACAGUCCUCGCCGCGUGCCCGCUGCUCCAAGAUUUGAGGAUCAAAGUUGGUGACUCUGAUUUGGAUUUUUUGGACAAGGAAACAGACAAGAAGUUCAAUAUCCUUGUAUUCGUACCUACGCUGAAAAUAUUAGUUUUGGAUUGCUCUUUUUUACGCUGGUCAUUCAAACUCCACAUAAACACCCCGGCUCUCGAGUACUUUAAUUUCAAAGGCGAUUUGGACAAUGAUGUUGUUUCUGAAAAUCUCCCCAACUUGUUUAAAUCAGUCCUUGAUGUUCGUAGGUGUUAUUAUCUAGACUGGAUGUUGAAAUUGACAAACUUCAUGGGACCACUCUGUAACAUUAGAUCCAUGGAAUUGUGGAUAGGAACAGCAAAGUACAUCCUUGAACACUCGUCGUCUAAUAAUCAUUAUGACAUUCCCAUGUUUCAUAAUUUGUCUUCCUUGAAGUUUUAUGGUGACUUGUGGGCUAUGUGGUCUCCGUGGAAUGCAGUACAACUAUUGCUUUGUCGAGCUCCAAAGCUACAAACACUCACCUUUGAAUUGAAUUACCGGUGUUGCAUUCGUAGUUUUUCAGUUGACAUUCCCUUGAAGAAGCCAUUAGAUGUUCCUGAAUGUCUGUCAUCACACCUUACAACUUGUCAUUAUAAAGGAUUUUCAGGGCAUGCCAUGGAACUUGUUGAACAAAUCCUGAAGGAAUCAAAAGUAUUAAAGACAAUGAAAAUCACUUUCAACAGUGAUCUAGACUCAAAGGAGAAGCUUCGUAUUCACGAGGAGAUAAUGAAGUUCCCAAGGACAUCUCAAACUUGUCAAAUUGUAUUUGACUAAAGAUACUUCCAUCUUUACUCUCUCUAUCUCUAUCUUAAUUGCCCAGAAGCAGUAGUGUUAUGGGAAUGCCCAUUGUUCUUUGCAUCCUUCAUUUUAAACUUUAAUAAAUUCAAGAUUAGAAAUAUUUUUUUGAAUCUCUUUUUACUUAUCAAAAAAUAAAAGAUUAGAAUUAUUU